UUUUAACUAAUUAUGUUGCUAUGCAGCUAUGUGUGUGGAACUCGGAUGGAUGGGAAAAGCAAAAGGCUAGAUUUUUGCAAAUUCCUUCAGGCAGGACACCUAUGGCACAAUCGGACACUCGUGUGCAGUUCCAUCAGGAUCAGAUUCACUUCCUGGUUGUCCACGAGACUCAGCUUGCCAUAUAUGAGACAACAAAACUGGAAUGUGUCAAGCAGUGGCUUCCGCGUGAAUCUGGUGCUCCAAUUUCUCAUGCAACAUUCUCUUGCGAUAGCCAGCUGGUGUAUGCCAGCUUCUUAGAUGAUGCAGUGUGCGUGUUCACAGCAACUCACUUACAAAUGAGAUGUCGUAUAAGUCCUCCUGCUUAUCUUCCCAACAGUAUAAGCAACUCCAAUGUCCAGCCACUUGUAAUUGCUGCACAUCCACAGGAUCCAAACCAGUUUGCUAUAGGUUUAUCAGAUGGUGCGGUCCAUGUUUUUGAGCCCCUUGAAUCUGAUGGCAGAUGGGGUGUCCCUCCACUGGUCGAUAAUGGAUCUGCAAGCAGUUUACCAGCGAGUGCAGCUGGAGGCUCAAGCUCUGAUCAGGCGCAGAGAUGACUGGAUAGAUGGGGAAAUGCCAAUUUUACCUGGUUUUGUUUCUUGGCAAGCUCCAUUCUGUUGCACAAGAAGUAGAAAAAUUUGAAUCCCUUAAAUGGUUGAUUUCAACUAUUACUCAAGAGCCCAGCUCAGCGUGGAAAUUCUGCUCGAGCAGAUGCCACCUUUGUCAGAUUUGUUUUUGGCUGGUUGCAUAGCAUUAGUCCGACAGUUGCUGAGUUGCUUAUAAAUAAUUUUUUUCAUUUUUCAUGUGCAGUUUAUUUAUUUGCCUUUUGUGUAUUUGGGUAUGUGGAAAAGAUCUUUAACAGUAAAUCAAGAUGUGGCCUAAACAAAUCUUCAAGUUUUU